AGUAAUAAGAUUAUUAUUUUGCCAUCGUGCAGCAUUCGGACACUAAUUCGGAUUAUGUGGAGAACAUCCCGAAAGCCGAGAUGACGGCACACAGUCGAAUAGCCGGCAGAGUGUGCAAGGAAUAUCUGCAUGACGAUAGCAAUAAUUUCACGCUAUUUGUACUGUUGAUGAUCUUCAGUCAGGUCGCCACUACCGGGAGUGAUUACUGGCUGUCAUACUGGACUACUUUGGAGGAUGUGAAGCGUAUUGAAAAUACUAGUGAUGUCAAACAAUUCGCGGAUAUAUAUAACGAUAGUUUCCUUGGGUUGAUCUUCACGUUGAACCCGGACGGCCUGCUGAGCACUACGGAUGCCAUAUACGUAUACACAUUCUACAUCAUCACCUGCAUCGCUACCACGCUGUUUAAUUCUCCACGAUUCUUCACGAAUUCGUCACGAAUUCGCCACGAUUCUGUUUUAUUUGUUUAGAAAAUUUACGAGCAUUUUCAUUCUAAUAAAUUAUCGAACUUACAUCGAUUUCGAUUCCUGGACUUGUAAUUUCUUUUCUCGAUUCUUGCAGAGAGUUAACGAUUUUUGUAUUCCAGAAAGAAUUUUAAACAGAUUUUCGAAGGAUAUGGGCAUCAUGGAUGAGUGGCUGUCCAAACUAAUAUUGGAGGCAAGAGGUUUUAAGUAGUAUGUGGUACAAUUAUCAUGGAGGCGAUAAUCAGUGGAUGCUGACAUUGAUAGCCAUACUAGUCAUCUUGUUUUUCUUCGCUACGAAAUCCUAUAUGAAGAUUGGUCAAGACCUCAAACGUCUCGAAGGCGUAAUGAAGAGUCCCAUAUUCUCAUACGUAAAUGCCACUUUGAAUGGUUUGUCGACGAUCAGAAGCAACGGCAUUGAAAUCGAGAAAUUAAUGCGAAAACGAUUCAAUGAAUUGCAAGAUCGUCACAGCGGCACGUGGUAUCUCUUUUUAACAUGCGCUAUAGCUGUCGUUGCGGAUUUAAUAAUGUGCCUGUUCCUCGCCUGCAUUUGCUUUUGUCUAAUACCAAUGAAUGAGACUAGUAAAUUAUAA